AUGAAGUUCCACCUUGCAAGUGCUGGUAUACUGCUGGCUGCUUCAGCUCAAGCAGCAACGGACCCUUCUUUGACAGUUCGCACUGUCACAGGAGCCUUUACUGGACUUCGCAAUGCCAACUUCAGCGGAGUGAGAGAGUUUCGCAACAUCCCUUUCGCUCAACCCCCAGUGGGCUCACUGCGUUUCCAACCUCCUCAACCGCUGCCACCAUCAACCCAGCACCACUUCUCAACGCGCUUUCCCCCAUCGUGUCCACAGUUUGUAUCCAGCGGAGCCAGCUUCUGGAACCUCUUUGUUCCCUACCUACUUGUGGAAAAUGGAAACCAAAAUCAUACUAGCGGUCUCACCUUACAGACCAGCUCAGAGGAUUGUCUCAGCCUCGCCAUCUGGACACCAUACAAUGUCUCAGCAACGGCCAAGCUGCCCGUCAUCUUCUUCAUGACAGGAGGUGGCUUCGAGACCGGCGGCAUCGACAUCGCCGGCCAGAUCCCCGCGUCUUGGGUCCACAGGACCCAAGAGCAUAUCGUUGUAACUAUCAACUACCGCGUCAACAUCUUCGGCUUCCCCAACGCAGGUGGCCUCAACAACCCCAAUCCCGCAAUCCUUGACCAACGCAUGGCCCUAGAAUGGGUUCACGAAAACAUCGCCGCCUUCGGCGGUGACCCUGAAGCUAUUACUAUGUGGGGUCAAUCUGCCGGCUCGCAGAGCACAGAUUACCACAACUACGCAUUCUGGGAUAACCCCAUUGUGCAAGGCAGUUUCUCUCAAUCCGGAACAGCACUCAAAGCCCUUCCAUCAGAGGACUAUUCUCACUCGAAUUUUACUUUCGUCGCUAAACAUCUCGGUUGUGACUUCCCGCACAAUCCUACUGCAGAGCUGGAAUGCAUGCAGCAGGUCCCUACGGCCAUGAUUGAGAAUUUCGUCGGCCAGUAUGACGGUGAACCGAGCCUUAGCUUCGGGCCCAUCGCAGAUGAUCUCUAUAUUUUCUCGGAUUAUCCUGCCCGUGCUGCGCAGGGAAAGAUCUCGCCCAGACCAGCUAUCUUCUCCGAUGCGGCUAACAAUGACGCGACGCUUGAUACAUGGCCGUCUGCCAAUGCUACUGUUGGACCGUAUCAGCCUACUGUUAAUGAGGGCACACUUGAGGACUGGGUUUGUCCUACUGCCAAUACUAGUAUUCUGCGUGCGAAUGCCAACGUUACGACGUACCGGUAUCAGUAUGCUGGUAACUGGUCGAAUGAAACUCCGUAUACCUGGCUUGGUGCUUAUCAUUCGUCUGAUCUGAUGAUGAAUUUUGGAACACUUUUAUAA